AUGGCCACCACGCCACGCCAGCCUGCUUCGCCUCCGAGCGCGGAGGGCGCGGCGUCCCGCACCGCCGCCCACCACGGCCACCACGCCGCCACCGGCCGCCGCCCAACACGGCCACCACGGCCACCACGCCACGCCAGCCUGCUUCGCCUCCGAGCGCUGAGGGCACGGCGUCCCGCACCACCUCCAAGCGGCAAGGCCACGGCAGCCCGCGUUGCCUUCUCACAGCAUCCGUGUGUCAGGGCCGCGAUGACCUACGCUGUCUUCGAGUGCCAUGACUGUGGCUGUGCCACCUCCGCGCGCCGAGAAUGCAACGCGCUGCGCCAUGGCCUCCAUCUCUGCCAGGAUAGGAAGAUGAACUAUGGUUGA